AAACCUCGCCAAGUGUCCAUGAUUGCUGUUGCUGGUACUAUUGGCACGGGUCUCUUUCUUGGAUCUGGUGCUGCCUUGGUGAAUGGCGGUCCUGUGGGUUUCUUCCUCGGCUAUGCAAUCGUUGGAUGUCUGGUGGGCAUGAUGAUGUACUGCCUGGGCGAGAUGACUGUCUUUGCACCCAACAUUGGCGGCUUCAUCGAAAUGGGCAACAAGUACAUCGCCCCCGAAGCAGGUUUCGCCAUGGGCAUCAACUACAUCCUCCAGACCGGCCUGGCCAUCCCCUCAGAAAUAACCGCCGCGGCCGUCAUGAUCAGCUACUGGGAUGAUGCCUCAAGUCACGUCUCAGCAUACAUUGCGGCCUUUCUGGUCCUCAGCAUCGGCAUCAAUCUCCUCGGCGUCAAGUACUUUGGCGAGGUCGAGUUUGUGUUUGCCUGCGUCAAGGUCCUGAUGCUUGUUGCCCUCAUCCUGUUCGGCUUGAUAGCUGAUGUCGGGGGCAUCAAUGGCGUGUACACGGGUGGCCGCUAUUGGAGGGAAGAGCCUUUCAACGACACAUUCGCCAGCCUGUCGCCAGUCUCGCUCGCGCGGUUCCUCGGAUUCUGGAAGGUCCUCACCCAAGCUGCCUUUGCGUUUGGUGGUAUUGAGGGUAUUAGUGUGCUGGCCGGAGAGGCGCACAACCCUCGAAAGACGAUGAGGCGGGCUGUUCGAACAGUCUUUUAUCGCAUUGUCGGUCUGUACCUCCUUACUGUCUUGAUGAUCUCGCUCAACGUCAGCCAAAGCUCCAAAGACCUCAUUGCUGCCGUCUCCAAAGGUGGCGCAACUGCUGCUUCAUCGCCAUUUGUGGUCAUCUGCCAGCAGACUGGUGUCAAGGCCCUUCCGAGCGUGAUAAACGCCGUGGUCAUGACGUCUGCGCUCUCAUCUUGUAAUGAGAACAUCUUUGCUGUAGCCAGGACCUUGUUGGCUCUGUCUCGUCAAAGAUCUAUGCCCAGGUGCUUCCUCAAGACGAGCCGCUUUGGCACGCCCUUUUAUGGCGUUGUCGUCUCUUUCUGCUUUGGACUGCUGGCUUUUCUCUCAGUCUCCAACGGGUCAGCCCAAGCCUUCAUCUGGCUCUCCAACCUGUCGGCCCUUAGUAGCUUGAUCGCAUGGAUCUCCAUCUGCGUCUGCUUCGUCAGGUUUCAUCGCGCCCUUCAGAUUCAGGGCAUUGACAGAAAGAAUCUCGAUCUCCGGGGAUGGUUCCAGCCAUACAUGGCGUGGAUCUGCAUCUUUGCCUUUACCAUUAUCCUGUUCUUCAAUGGAUUUCAGGCCUUCAUCCACAAAUUCUCGGUAUCGAGCUUCUUCGCGUCCUAUGUGACGCUGCCAGUGGUCGCCUUGGCCAUCUUUGGCUUCCGGACUUACUUAUGGCGGACCGGAAAGCCGUAUGGCUUUACGGAUCUGGCUGAGGUUAAUCUCGGCAAUGGGCCGGCCAGGGCUCUUCAGGGGACCAAGUAUGAUCUUGGAUCUUAA